CACGUGUUAGCAACACCACAUUAUUGUCUUCUCUUCAACCCCUUCUCUCUCUUUCUCUCACCCAACUGAACAAAUCUUAAGAGUCAAGAUCGAGAAAGGAGCAGAAUCAGAUUCAGAAUGUCAGCAGCGUCGACAAUGGCCGUGAUUGGAGCAUCAAGCUCGUGGUCAAGAGCAAUGUUACAGAUCUCACCUUACACUUUUGCCGCUCUCGGAAUUGCUAUUGCCAUUGGCGUCUCUGUUCUUGGUGCCGCUUGGGGAAUUUACAUAACUGGAAGUAGUUUGAUUGGUGCUGCAAUCAAAGCUCCUCGCAUCACCUCCAAGAAUCUCAUUAGUGUGAUUUUCUGUGAAGCUGUUGCUAUAUAUGGUGUUAUAGUGGCAAUUAUUCUGCAAACAAAACUAGAGAGUGUCCCAGCAUCAAAGAUAUAUGCACCGGAGUCCCUUCGAGCAGGAUAUGCAAUAUUUGCCUCUGGAAUUAUUGUGGGCUUUGCCAACCUCGUUUGCGGGCUUUGCGUAGGGAUUAUUGGUAGCAGCUGCGCAUUGUCAGAUGCACAAAAUUCUAACCUUUUCGUCAAGAUUCUUGUGAUUGAGAUUUUUGGUAGUGCACUGGGAUUGUUUGGAGUUAUUGUGGGAAUAAUCAUGUCAGCUCAAGCAACAUGGCCUUCGAAAGCAUAGUCAUGUACUUCUACUUUCUCUGUGCCAUUUGGAAGCUGUAUUUGCUUUCUUUCUGAUGGUUUAUUCGUGUAAUUUUUGGUAGGAGUAUUAAUCGAGGAGGUUCUGGUUUUCCCAUUGCAUUCAGCUGAUUGAAAUUGACAUAAGCUAGGUCAUGUCUGACCUGCAACCGAUAUGUCAUUUACACUGUUGUAUUCUUACUGUACUCGAACUGAGAAAAAAGUUAGUUAAUAAGCUAUUGUUUCUUGAGAGUGCUGCUUGUACUUAUUCUCAGCAAGGGAAUAUUAUUUAUAUGCGGAUAGCGGCUGAGACAAUAAACUCCUGCAUGCAGUUACAGUGAUGUGUACAGAAUUGUGCAUGAACGUGAAUUGGUUUUCAAAUGGAGUGCUGAAUUUCUCCUUUA